CUCGCCACAGCCUGAAGUGUCAGUUGUGUCUGAACUGGGUUGGGCCAGAAAGAAAGGCAGAAUAAUGAACCAAGAACCCGAGCGAGAACCGAGGCUCAUAAGAGAAGGAUACCUAGUAAAGAAGGGAAGCAUGUUUAACACCUGGAAACCUAUGUGGUUUGUGCUGUCAGAAGAUGCCAUUGAAUUCUUUAAGAAGAAGACUGACAGUAGCCCUAAAGGAAUGGUUCCUCUAAAAGGAAGCACCUUGACAAGCCCUUGCCAAGAUUUUGGUAAAAGGAUGUUUGUCUUCAAACUCACAACCGCCAAACAGCAGGAUCACUUCUUCCAAGCCUCUCAUCUUGAGGAGAGAGAUAUGUGGGUGAAAGACAUCAAGAAGGCCAUUAAGUGCAUUUUGGCCGGCCAACGAUUUUCCAGGAAAUCAACCAGGAAGUCUAUCAAGCUUCCCACUACAAUCAAUCUGAGUACCUUGUAUGUUUCAAUGAAAGACCCUGACAAAGGAAUACGAGAAAUGACACUGGAAAAAGACAAGAAAAUUUUCAAUCACUGCUUUACAGGCAGUUGUGUAAUUGACUGGCUUCUGUCCAGUAAUACCAUCCAAAAUCGCCAAGAGGGUGUCAUGGUGGCAUCUGCCCUCUUGAAUGAAGGUUAUUUUCAGGCUGCUGGGGAUAUAUCCAAAAGUGCAUCUGAAGGCCUGUCGGAAACUCCUUUCCUUGACCACGAGGAUGCUUAUUAUUACUUUGCAGACAGUGGAUUCUUCUGUGAAGGAAAUUCCAGUGACGAUGACAUGGUCUUCAAGGAGGAGUUCAGGGGCGUAGUGAUCAAACAGGGAUGUCUACUGAAACAGGGGCACAGGAGGAAAAACUGGAAAGUGCGAAAGUUUGUGCUAAGAGAGGACCCUGCUUAUAUGCACUACUAUGACCCUGCUGGGGGAGAAGAACCACUUGGAGCCAUUCACUUGAGGGGCUGUGUGGUGACAGCAGUUGAAGAUGCACCUGAUGGCAAGAGAAAUGAAGUUGGGGGGAAUCUGUUUGAAAUCAUUACUGCAAAUGAAGUUCACUAUGUCCUGCAAGCAGCCACCUCUGCAGAACGUACAGACUGGAUCAAGGCCAUUCAGAUGGUUGCCAGGACUGGAAAGUGAAGAACCUCCAACUUCAGAAAAUGAAAGUGUCCUUUGUUCAAGAGGGUUUUAAAAAACAAGCAAACAAAGAAACCCAGGCAGUUGUUUGUAAUGUUGCUAAUAGACAGGCCAUAUCAUGGUGGUUCUUUUAAAA